AUGGGCACGCGGAGCCGCGUCCGGGUGGCCAAGUGCCAGCUGCUGGUCACCAGCCUCUUUGUCAUGCUGCUGGGCCUGUCGCUGGCCGCGCUGGCCGCGCUGACCUACUUUGGGGCCCCCUUCGCUGCUGCGGGCCGCGGCUCCCCCGAGAGACUGUCCUUCCAGCGCUGGGCCUUCCACACGGGCCUCUGCCUGGCCGCGCUUCUGGGCCUGGGCGCUGUGCUGAGCGUCGUGGCCACCCUGCGGGAGGCAGGGGGCCUCAUGGCAGGGGGUUUCCUGAGCUUCGCCCUGGUCUUCUGUGCCCUGGUGCAGGUGGCCUUCUGGAGGGCUCGCAACCCCACCCAGGCAGAGGACACCUUGCUGGACGCCUACGAUGCCCUGUACGAGAGGGCAGUGCACAGCGCGCCCGGCAGCGGCCACCAGGAGCUGGCGGCCAUCCACGAUGCGUUCCAGUGCUGCGGGAAGAGCUCGCCCUUCAGCCGCCUGGGGAGUGCAGAGGCGCACCUGUGCCAGGGGGCCUCAGGGAGACAGGACUGCCUGCGGAGCAUCCGGGACUCCCUGCGCACACACGGGAACGUCGCCUCGGCUCUCAUCGGCCUGGGUCUCGCUGCCACGGCCUACGCCAUGCUGCUCUGCUCCUUCCUCUGGUUCGCCAUCCGCGCGGGCCGCGGCCUGGACCGGAAAGGCCAGUACGCCCUGAGCCCCAGGGCCUGCACCCGGCGCCCGCCGCAACCCAGCAACUUCAGACACACCCUGGCGGGGCCCGCACCACACAGCUGGCCAGAGGUGGACACUGCCCGGGACAGCAGCUCUGUCACACCGCAGGGGUACUGGAAAUGGCUUUGGCCAGAGAUCGGAUGGAUGGAUGGACCCAUCGAGGACCUAAGGAUGAACAUUUCUGCACAGUUUAUGGACGAGCCACACGCAGGACAGGCGGGGCUGGGAAGUGCCAACACCAGCUUCUCCCUGGGCCUCCCAGUACUGUGCACGCUUGUGCAGGAUGGUGGGAAGCAGCCUUCCCUCAUGGGUAACCGGGGCAGCCCCGAGUGA